AUGUCCAGUCUAGGUGAUAUCAUUGCUUCCAAAAGACAAGAUUCAGAUGAUGAAAAUGAUUCAUUUGAAAAUGAUGAUUUUGAAUCAGAUGUUCCUAAAAUUCCAACAAGACCAAAACAAUCAGAUCAAACAAGUUCAAGCUCAAAUUCAAUCCCACAAAUACCUAAAAGACCUUCAAAACCAAGUAUAGCUUCUUCAAAUGAUUCAACCCCACAAGUACCAAAACGUCCAAGUGGUGAUAAAAAGGAAGGUGAAUCAAUUGAAAGAUCACAAAGUCCAAUUAUUCCACCUCGUCCAAAGAAACAAUCAAAUAAUGAUACUAUAAUUUCAAACCAAUUAGAUGAGGAAAAAGGUGAAGAAUCAAUUGGAGAUUCUUUAAAACAUACAAUUGAAAAAAUUCCAGUUGUUGGUGGAUUAAUAAAUGAUGAUAAUGAUGAUGAAAACACAGCGGAUGAAGUUGAGAAUAAAGAUCAACAAUCUGUUCCAAUCAUUCCUAAAAGACCACAAAGAAAAAAUAAGGUUGAAGAAGAAGAUAAGGAUGUUAAGUCUGAAGAACAAGUACCAAUUAUACCUUCACGUCCUCAAAAAUCUGAAACUAAAGAAAUUGAAUCUGAGAAACCUGAAGAAACUGAAGAAACUAAAGAAGCUGAGGAAUCUCAAUCUAUUCCAAUCAUUCCUAAACGUCCUUCCAAAAAAACUAUUGGUACAGAUGAUGAUGUUUUAAAAUUAGCUAAAGAUGAUCAAUUUAAAUCAGCAGAAGAUUUUGAACAAUCAAAUGUUAAUGAUGAUGUUGAAUUAGGAGCUGAUGAGAUUGAACAAAGUGUUAAAGAUACAGUCAAGGAACAAGAUGAUGAGGAAGGAGAAAUCGCUAAAGAAUCAAAAGAUCCAGAAGUUACAGAAGCAUCCGAGGUCAAAGAUACUGAUAAAGAUGUUGAACAUAAAGAAAAAGAAUCUCCAGUUGAAUUAGAAAAAGAUAUAUAUGAUGCUAAACCAACAGAUUCACCAAUUGUUAAAUCAAAUGAAAUUACUACUGAAAACGAAGCAUUAGAUCUUGAAAAAGAACCAGGUUCAAGUGUAUCAUCAAUUAAUUCAAGAGAUCUUAAAAAUGAAGCUCAAGUUAUUGAUCAAAUUGAAGAAUCUACUUCUGAUUUAAAUAAACUUCAAAAAUUAUCUUCAGAUGAUUCAGUAAGUUCAUCAAAUGAUUCAUCAUCUUCUAAAAAUAUUCCUAUUAUUCCAAAACGUCCUUCAAGACCUUCUAGAUUAAGAUCACAAAUUGAUGAAUCAAGUUCAUCAAUUGAAGAUGAUGAAGUUGAAUCAGGAGUUAAAGCUGAAGUCAAACCUGAUAUUAAACCGGAACAAAAUAAAGAUGAAGUUGAUUCAACUGAAAAUGUUUUAUUACAAAAUAAUUAUGAAUUAGGUGCAUUAGAAUCAAAAUUAACUGAAAAAAAAUUAUCCAAACAAGAAAUUUUACAAAAGGAAUCGCUAGAAGAUAAUGAAUCAAAAUCAAAACCAAUUAUCCCAUCAAGACCAGUUAAACCCAAACCAACAAGCGAAACCUCUUCAAAUGAAUCAAUCCCAACAAAAGGUAAAGCACCACCACCAGUUCCUAAAAAACCAUCAAGUAAAAUUGCAGCAUUUCAAGAAAUGUUAAGAAAAAAUCAAGAACAAGAAAGAUCUCAAAGAGAAAAUAAUGAAUCAGAGGUACCUAAAAGACCUCAAUUCCAGAAUAAAUCAGAUUCAUCUGAAUCCAUAGAUCGUUCAAAAUUUAAACAAAAUUUAACUGGUUUAUUUGCAUUACCUGGUAUGACAAGACCUGGUGCAACAAUUCCAAAAAAUUUACAAGAAGAAUCAGUUGGUACCAAUGAAAAUGAUGAAGAUGAAUCAAAAGAAGUUAAACCAAAUGUUAGAAGAUCAAGAGCUAAAGGACCAAGGGGUAAAAGAACUGCAAAAGUUGAAAAAGUUGAAAUUCCAGAUCAUAGAGUUAUUAAAGUUGUUGAUGUUUGGUCAAGUGGGUUUAAAAGUUCUGGCAUUCAAUAUGAUAAUAAGAUUGAAGAUGUUAAAGUUGAUAAAGAUGAUAAAAUUGAUAAACAAGAUGAUAUCGAUAUUGGAAAGGAAAGUACAGAUGAUAUUGAUAUCGAUGAUAAGACUGAUAAAGAUUAUAUUAAUAUUUCUGAACCUACCCCAAAAACAAUUGAAGAAAAAUUAUUUAAAGAUUCAACAGAGAAUAUAAAUUUAGAAGAUUCUAAAGAUGUUACUAAAGAAGAUAAAGGUUAUGAAUCAGAUAAUAAUGAUACACCAGAUGAUACAGAAUCUUUCCAAUCUAUAAAACCAAUAAAAUCUAAACCUGAAUUGAUAAAAAGUGAAUCAGUUAAAUCUACAUUAUCAAAUGAAACAGGAAUUGAUGAUGAAGAAGAAGAAGCUCAAUCAACUACAAGUUCUUUAAAACCAUUAAAAUCUAAAUCAGAAUUAGCUAAUGAUGCAUCAAUAAAAUCAUUAAAGUCUGAAGAUGUUGAGACUUUAAGUACAGUUAAUCCUCAAGAUUCAACUGAAGUUUCAAAAGACAGUAGAAAUUUAGAUGAAUUUAGUUUCGAUGCUAGUGAUGUCAAAGAAUUGAAAGAUAAACUUGAUGAUGAAGAAUUUGUUGAUGCUCAAGAAUGA